UGAACGUCGGUUUCAGCGUUGAAUAUACUUUCCGAUAAGAACUGUGACUCCCUGAGUAAUUCCAUCAGAUCUUCGGCGAAUUUAUUUCUCAUCACAGAUGACAUCCGAUGAUUCAGUUCCUGAGCCAUUUCCGGGGGUGACGGUCUCUCGCCGAUUUUCGGAACCGGGCUGAGCCGCUCAAUUUCAGCAAGAGGGACAGCGUCCGUUGAAGCCUCAGGACUUGGCUUAGAGGGAUCCUGACUCCUCGGGGUCGCUAAAAGGGGGAAAAAAAUGAAAGCUUUCAGCUCGUCCACGUUAUCCGUUAGCUCGACCAGCGUCUCUAUGGAUCUCUGGACGACCAUAGAUACCCGCUCGUCGGCUACCUUGCCACCCUUCAUCAGCUCCCUGAGCUUCGCUCGUAAACGAUUCAUCGCUGCGCACGAGGAGUCACCCUCAGCCUCUUGCAAACGGAUUUUAAGCUCCGAAAUGAUCUCCCGCAAUCUACGACGGACGGUCCCGAGCAAUUCCAGAGGGACCAAAUUUUGAGUGAACGGAACAAUAUAGUUCGGGACUUUCGAAAGACCGAUGCCGACAAAUAAGCGAUGUAAAAUGCGGUACUGAGAUGCCGAUUUCAAAUCCGCAAGAAAACGCUGCGCAGGGUCCUUGGGAUCGCCGCACCACCCCGGCUAAUUUUAAUCGACAUUUUAUAACCAAAUAUAAAAAUGGCUGGGGAAUGUGGUUACCAUCGUUCGGAAGCUCUCGGUGGAAACCAGAGUCAGCAAGUGGCUGAAGCGGCUGCCGCGACACUUCGCAAGCUCAACGUAAUGAUGAAAGAGUUGAACGAAAGGCGAGAUCAGCGGUUGGAAUUAGAAAGCAACGUGAGGAGUUUAAAAAUUGCGCUAAAAACUGCCGGUGGGGACCCCGAAGAAGCGCUGAGACCGGAUCCUCUCGUGGUUCACCAACGCGAAGAAAUCGGCCGGCUAGAACUGGCCAGAGAUAAAUUGGAAAACGAUGUUCGGAGACUCAGAACCGCGCUGCUGGAAUCCGAUCGAGCUAUAACUUGCUCGGGGGCCAAAAGUCUCAUAGAAAAAAUGGCCAAAAUCAGGGACGAGGCUGCCGAAGAGCGUAAAAAACUGAUGGAGGAAAUCGGGUAUCUAAAAAUCAGAUUACAGGAGGCAGAGGAGGAUUCUUCCUGCUCAGCUCUCGGUCGACUUCGAAAGAAAUUACGUGAUAUGCUGAAAGGUGACAGAAAAAUGGAAACGAUCAUUUCUGAGUUGAUUUCGAGAAGUUGCAACGCGGUCCAGGACCUCACCGAUGAGCUGAAGAGGCUGAAAGAAAUGCUGGACGAAUCGAGGCUGGAAAAUAAUAAACUGGAAGGCGACUGCAGAAGACUGAACGCUGCUCUUACGAUUAACGGCGAUCCCCCCUCAGGACUUCCCGGGUAUCUCGAAACCAUCGAACGCCUCAGAUUUCGCAUCGCCGAACUCGAGCGCGGGAUCGAAGAGCUCCAGAACGAUCCAGGGCUCGUUCGACGAAUGGGAGAACUUGAAGAACAGCUGGAAAUCAGCCGGACCCAACUGACCGAUCAGGAAACCCAGAUUAGGAACCUUUCGAACGAACUUCUCGGAGCGAAAACUGCGUACAGAACUCAAGCACAGGAACUGUGCGACGCUAAGAACGGAUGUGAAGCUGCUAAGAGCGAGGCGUUUACUCUCAAAAAAGAAUUGGAAGAUCGUGAGCAUCGGGUUAAAGAACUUGAGGUAACUGUCGCAGCUUCAAACUCGCUCGCCAAGGAUCUAGAGAAUCUGAGAAACGCAAUAAAUGGCCUGAAUCGAAAACUUUUAAACGUGGAAAUCGAACGUGAUGGACUUCUCGACGAACUUGAAAAUGUCCGGGGUAUUGUUUCCGACCGAAACGAACAGAUAGUCAAAAUUCUGGCUGACAUCGAAACCUUGAGGUCAGAGUUGAGUCAUUCGGUAGCUGAAAACGAGUCGCUCAAAGCGUUGUGUGCAAAUCUGAAAGACCUCGAACAGAGUAAUUCCAGCAAAGCAACGGGAGAUCGGGUCCCCCUUGAACCAAAAAUAAUUGAACUUGAAAAGGAGCUGAUUGACCUUAAAAAGCUGUUCGAUCUGGUGAAAAAAAAUAUUAUCCACGGGAAUGAAGAGUUAAAAACUUCACGGGCCGAAGCAAACGCUCUUAAAGUGGCGAAGGUAAAGCUAGAGACAGAGCUGACUGACGCGAGAAGAAACCUGACGGUCGAACAAUGUGCUAAAGAGGCCGCCCUCGAGGAAGCGAAAACCUGUAACAAAGAGAAUCAAGUCCUGAAGUCCGAAAAAGAGAGGCUGAAAUUGGACGCUAAGGAACUGGUAGUGGGGUUCGUCGAAGAAUUGAGAAAAUUAAAUACGAAGAAUGCUGCUUUGAGGAAAGAAAUCAACAGGCUCGCCAAAACCGAACGUGUAGAGACGGUUCGCGACAGCGAUGGGCCUCGGUCGGACGGACGCGAGAAAAUGGCCGAUAACUUCGAGAAGGAACUUGAAAAACUCACAGCUGAUUACGAGGUGUCGAAAUCGGAGAUCGAAAGGGUCAAGUGUGAGAGGGACGCGCUGAAGGACGAGCUCAAGAAUUUCAGUUCUGCGAAUAUCGCUUUGAAGGGUGAACUUCGUGAGUCUGAAGAGAAAGUGAGAAAGCUCACCUCGAUGCUGGAGGAAAUGAAUAAGAAAUUGAUUUCUGGUUUGAAUAAUUACAUGGAAAUUAAAGAUAAGUUGAGAUCGGCCGAGAAACAGCUGGAGGAAAUCCUUGGAGAAGUUGACACGUUGAAGUUGGUGAAAACCGAGAAUACCAAGCUCAAAGAGAACCUUGAGGAGUUGAAUGAAGAGAAAUCGAAGUUUCUAUCAGAUUUAGAGAGGCUUCGAGCCGAUGCUGAGAAGAAAAAUGAAAUUCGAAAAAGUUCCGAGGCUGAAGGUAUAACGACAUCGAGAAAUAGCGACAAAAUCGUGAUGGACUGUGGCGAUUACGUCCGCGCUGAUAAGGAACUUAAGUACUUCAUCCACCUCCAAAGUCUCGCGGUUAAAAGAGUCGUCGACUUCAUCAGCUACGUCGAAGGUACUACAAGUCUGAAACCGUCAAUGGCGACAUUCCUCGAACCGACCCUCACCAAUGUCAUGGUCCUUAAUUUUGACGAAAAUGUGACAACGACCUUUAGAAUGUCCCAAAAACUUUCCGAAACAAUAUUCAACGCCGAGACCAACGUCCAGAGGCUGGAGACUUUGAAAAACGAAACCGAAUACCUCAGGGCUGAGAGGGACUGCUUGAAUAAAGGAAUGGAGAAAUUAACCAGGAUUCUCAGAAACUUGGAGAAGUUAAAAAUUCGCGGUAUUCCCGAGCUACAUUACUUAGAUUCCGGAGUCUUUAAUUCUUCGGAGACGGAUUCUUGGCCGGGAAUCGGGAAUAAGUCGGUUAUCGAGCGGGAGCGUUUUAACAACGAAGAGUACUUUUACUCUGGAAUGGCGGAGCUAUCCUCGGGGGUGAAUUCCGCGGACUUUCUCCGGACCAGUGACCCUGGAAUUGCAGGGGGAAAAAAUUUCUAUGGAAUGAACCGGCGGAUCUUAGAGCUACAGGAACAAAUUAAAGCGAAACAACAAGAUGCUGCCGAAAGGCUUAUCGAAAUGCGAGAAACCAUGCGGCAAGAACGAAUCCAGCUAAUGGAGAUUGCGGAGAGAGGAAACUCGCCCCAUUUUACUAAAAAAAAACCCUAAGGAACUCAGCAGCUCCUAGAAUCGACCAUCGCAUUUUCUAGAUUAAAACAAACAACGAACAGGAGAGGGAAGUUAGAUCCCCGAAGAUACAAAUUCAACGAACUUGUAUAUAUGUAUACACUUUCCAACGAUCAAUUCUUUCUCCCUUUCUCCGGUACCUUGACUGAAUUUCUAAAGUGAUUCAAAAUUAAUUAAAAAUCGAAAUUGAAAAAGCUCUUUCUCUCCUUUAACAAGAUUGUAAAAGUUCGUUAUUGCCGAGCGAUUAUACGUCCUGAAGGACGAGGGGCUUGAGACAGAAAGUCAAAAAAUUUCUCCACCGCGCUGCAUCAUCCUGCAGUGAGAGAGCUUAACGGAAUGUAAUAACAAUGUAUUAAUCACGCAAAAACUCAUUAGCGUAUUGUACACUGUGUUAUACACCUUAUACGCAGCUGCUAACCAUGAAAACAGAGAACCGCUAAAAUUCUCGUGAGAUUAUUCGAGCAAAAACCGGUCAUUUCACCCGCAUAGUUGUGGGCUCAUCUAUCAUCUUGUCAGCGACGUGCUGCUUCUGCUUCUGCUUUAGCUACCGUAGGGGAUUCCCCCGUGCAUGUAUAGACGAUAGUUGGAGAGUAUGAGGCAGAGAAAGGUGUUCAUCCGGGUCCACCGCUAUUCCAACGCUGAACACAACUUCUUCUGGACGACGCGGACGUCGACGACAACAACAUCGCGGCUUUAACAGAUAAACAUCUCCUGUACAAGGAAUCUAUUUUGGAUGACACUUAUUCCGAAGAUCAAAGACGGAAAAGUUUCGACGUAUACUGCAAUCCCUAAUUAUCAGAACAUAAAUGUGGGACCAUUACCGAGUUCAUCUAAAAGCGUCGCCCCGCAUGAGAGAAUUCUUUGUACUCGCCGCGUCGGUUGCCAUCAAGGAUAUUCACGUUAGAGAAGUCACUUGUGCAGACGAAUGGAGGUUUGCGUUUUAAAGCACGUAUACGUUAGAAAGAGAAACGAAACGAAAAAAUACAAACGUUUGAGUUGUGAAAAAAUGAGUGAAAUACAAGCGGAGAGCAGAAGGGUCGAAAAACGCUGCUGCUGAGGGUUGAAAAAGAGAUUUUUUUUUCUUUUUUAAUACUAGAAAAAAGGCAAGCUCCGAGCUCGCCGAAUGUGCUACAAUGGCUACACUACAUCCGGAACCAUUUUUAUAGGCAUGUAAGUAAAUUGUAAGGCUGUUGUAUAGGUAUAGGUAUGCGUGUAUAAUAUGCCGCGCCUAUCACGUGCACAAACUCAUAACUGGACUUUAAUUGUUCCAAAUCGUCGCAAUUAGAAGGAAUGUUAUGCUAGGGAAAACUGAGUAACGCACACUCAGCUCAAUUCAGUAAUUCAUUUAUAUUUUUCUGCUUCUUGCGUUCAUGUACAUUUUUGCAAAUAUUUGCUCGACGUCAUCGUUGUUGGGAUCAAGCUAGAAGGGAAAGAAAAAACAAGACUGCCUCGCUAAAAUUCACCUAUUACAUUUAAAUAUCUUAUCAUGGAUAUACUGAAUCUUAUUGCUGUUUUUAUCCAAAGCUUUUAUCAUUAUUCUUGCGAAUCGCAUUACAAAACCGUCAUGAGCUACCAAUGAAACAAUAAUGGCAAUAUUCAAAUUCUUCAAACGUUCAAACUGCAUAAGUUUAAAUUAUUUCUCCACUCGGUGAUCAGCACCCUCUAUUAUAAGGGUUGUCAACCAACAGGCGAGUGAUCAUUUGCAGUUUGCAGUGUUUGAUCGACAAACAAAAAGUUAACUUUUACCAACCCAGUC